CCUUCCUACAGAAGGUAUAAUCUGCUCAAGGAGUGAGGAGAGACCUAACACCACUCCUUUAAGGCUCAGCCUCUGUCUGUAUGUACUGAAAAUUGCCAUCCUGGUUCUAGCAAGAAAGUGAAGGAGGGGGAGCCAUUUUGCUGCUAUGAUUGCAUCCCAUGUCCAGAGGGAAAGAUCUCAGACCAGGAGGGUGGACAUGGAUUGGGAUCCUCACUUACAAUGAUGAGAAUGGAGAUAGAUUUGUGCAAACGGUGGUUCCACUGUUUUCCAAGAAUGGGAUCUGUUUUGCCUUCACAUUAAGAAGCCACACAUUUUCUGUUGUCAGUGAGAUCAAUGACAUGUUGAAAAGGGGGGCAAAGAUUCAUGAUACAAUAUCUGAUAGCAAAGCCAAUGUUGUGGUUUUCCAUGGAGAAUCUUAUUCAAUUUUGUUUUUGAGAUGGCUUCCAUAUCUCUCUGAACAAGAACAUAUUACAAGCAAACAAAAAGGUAUAGUGUGGAUAAUGACAGCCCAGAUAGAGCUCACUUCAAUGGUCUAUCAAAGGACAUGGGAUACAGACAUAAUUCAUGGUGCUCUGUCCUUCACAGUACACUCCAAUGACUUACCAGGAUUCAAGCCAUUUGUUGAAAACAGAAAUCCUUCCAGUGCAAAAGAAGAUGGAUUUAUCGGAGACUUCUGGCAACAGGCCUUUGGCUGUGUAUUCCCAAACCGAGUUGUGGGCAAGGUGGAUGGGGACAUUUGUACUGGGGAGGAGAAACUGGAGAGCCUUCCUGGGCAUUUUUUUGAAAUGAGCAUGACUGGCCACAGCUAUAGCAUUUAUAAUGCUGUCUAUGCUAUUGCCCAUGCUUUACAUGCCAUGUCAUCACCUAAAUUCAGAGAUCGAGCAAUAAUGGUUAGAAGAGAAAAGAAGAUACAGAAUCAACAGAUGUGGCAGUUUCAUCACUUUCUGAAAGAUGUCUCAUUUAACAACAGUGCUAAAGACAAGAUUUCCUUCAAUGAAGAUGGGGAGUUAGUAGCUGGAUUUGAUGUUGUCAAUUGGAUUAUUUCUUCUAACCAAACUUUUCAUAGAGUAAAAGUUGGGAGGAUGGACCCUACAGCACCUCCAGACCAAAUGUUCUCAAUCAAUGAGGAUGCCAUAAAGUGGCACCGGGGAUUUAACCAGGUGCAGCCUAUUUCUGUAUGUACUGAGGACUGCAAUCCUGGUUCAAGUAAGAAACUGAAGGAAGGGGAACCAUUUUGUUGUUAUGACUGUAUUCCAUGUCCUGAAGGGAAGAUUUCAUACCAAAGGGAUAUGAAUGACUGCUACAAAUGCACAGAUGGAUACUAUCCAAAUACAAAUCAAGAUUUAUGUCUCCCCAGGAAGAUCAGCUUCUUGUCCUUUGAAGAACCUUUAGGGAUCUGUUUAGCCCUUUUUGCUUUUUUAUUUUCUGUGACAACAGCUCUGGUGUUAGGAAUAUUUAUAAAGCACCACAACACUCCCAUUGUCAAAGCUAACAACCGGGAUCUCACCUACACCCUCCUCAUCUCCCUCCUGCUCUGCUUUCUUUGUUCAUUGAUAUUCAUUGGCCGGCCUCAGAAGAUGUCAUGUCUCCUCAGGCAAACAGCUUUUGGCAUCAUAUUCUCUGUUGCUGUUUCUUGUGUCCUGGCUAAAACCAUCACAGUAGCUUUGGCUUUCAUGGCCACAAAACCAGGAGCCAACAUGAGGAAAUGGGUGGGGAAAAGAUUGGGAAAUGUUAUUGUUAUUUCUUGCUCCUUUAUUCAAACAGCCAUUUGUACUCUAUGGGUAGUAACUGCUCCCCCAUUCCCUGAUGUUGAUAUACACUCAGUGAUAGAUGAAAUUAUAUUAGACUGUAAUGAGGGUUCUGUGGAUAUGUUUUACUGUGUCUUGGGCUACAUGGGCUUCCUGGCCUUUGUCAGUUUCAUUGUGGCUUUCUUUGCCAGGAAGUUACCUGAUAGUUUCAAUGAAGCCAAGUUCAUCACUUUCAGCAUGUUGGUCUUUUGCAGUGUUUGGCUCUCCUUUAUUCCAUCCUACCUCAGCUCCAAGGGAAAAUAUAUGGUAGCUGUGGAGAUUUUUUCAAUCUUAGCCUCUAGUGCUGGGCUGCUGGGUUGCAUUUUCCCCCCAAAAUGUUACAUUAUUUUGUUGUGCCCUGAGCUGAACAAUAGGGAAUAUCUGAUAAGAAGAAAGGCUUGA